UCUCUCUGGUCCUGAAAGAGGCAGCUUCGCGCUGUCCCAGUCCUCAGCCUUCAGGUCUGUGGGUGGCAGGGCAAGGGGUAGGUAUGACCACUCUCUGAUCUGAAGCUGUGUGAUCUGGGGGAAACUUGACAAAGGGGCCUGGAAAAUGUCCAAGGAAGUACCCAGAGAAGAACUUAAGCCAGAGUCCUUUCCGGUGCCAGGGUCAGAUGCAAAGGCCAGGGACGGGCUAGUUCAGCUGGCUGCUCAUCUGUGCCCCUGCACCAGCCUCGUGUGCCACCUAUAUUUGUGGGGUGGUGAGGUGUCCCCUGAACUUGGAAAUGAAGUCAGCCUCUGAGAACAAAAGUGGGAUUAAGGAGCCCCAGAAGCACUACAUUUUAGGAGACGUUCUGUGAGAGCUUAAGGAAUGAUCAAAUAAAUUUGAUGGUGGGUGUUUUCUUGUUUUUCAUAGCACUUAUCGCCUUCAGCAGAGUCCCUGGGUGGCGCAAAUGGUUAAUGGCUGGACUACUGAAAUAUUGGCGGUUCAAACCCACCAAGAGGCACUGGCCAUCUGCUUCCAAAAGUUCGCAGCCUUGAAAACCCUAUGGAAUGUGGGUCUACUCUGUAACACGUGGGGUCACCGUGAGUUGGAAUUGGCACGAUGGCAACCGAUUUUUUGUUUUUUGUUUAUCACCUUCAAAUAGACUCUGUAAUAAUUAUGUGUAUUCUCUUCUGUCUUCUCCAGCUGGAACAUAAAAGGCACAAGGGCAGGGAUUCUUGUUUUGUUCAUCGCUGUGUUCCCAGGUUCUAGAAUGAUGCCUGGCACUUAGCAGGUGCUCAGAAGAUAAAUGUUGAAUGAAUGAAUGAGUGUGAUUAGGGCGCAUCCUCAGCCAUGGAAAGUUAAAGAGCGAGUUGCCUGGGCUCCACAGCUGAGGUAGCGACGGCAGCUCCUGCCAGCCUUGAGCCACCUCAACCUGUCCCCCAGAAGACUGUCACAGUUGGCCACUCCCUGCUCCUUGGUGACCAUGUGUGACCAGAGGUCAUGAUAAAAAAUGUGGACACGUUGGAGAAGGUGCAACAGGACUCGGUGGAGUGUGCUACUCAGGCAUUGGAGAAAUGCAACGUAGAGAAGGACAUUGCAGCCCGUGUCAAGAAGGAUUAUGACAGGAAGUACUACCCCACCCGGCUCUGCAGUGUGGGGAGAAACUUUGGUAGUUACGUGGCACAUGACAGUAAGCACUUCACCUACUUCUACCUGGGCCAUGUGGCCAUGCUUCUCUUCAAAUCUGGUUAAAACAUGGAUGGAUUAUGCCCACACACCAGUGACCCAUCCAGAAGCAAGGACUGCAGCCUAAAUUCCAAAUACCAGAGGCUGAAAUCUUCAGCUUUGCUCAGGAGACAGCUCCAUCUUGGAACCUUUAUUGCGUUGUGUUGUACAGGGCUAUCUCUGCACUGGUUUGUUAUGGUUAGAGAACAAUUAGCAAAACAGCUUAUGUUUGCAUUUAUUUCCUACU